AGAGGACACGUAACGGGACUGCCUGAGUCUGACCGGAGGAGACAGACAGACAGAGGACCGGGUUAGCGGGGACAGAGCAGACACAGCAGGACCAGGACCACUCUCACCGGAUACUUCCUGUACACAGAAGGCCUGAAACUAUUGAUUCCUGCACAGAGUUGAUACAGAAGACCAAAUAUAGAAAUGGUGUUCAGAGGCACAAUAACAGAUGCUCCGGACUUUGAUGCCGCCGCUGAUGCAGAGACACUUUACAAUGCUAUGAAAGGCUUCGGUAGUGAUAAAGAAGCCAUAUUGGACCUGGUCACCUCAAGAAGCAAUGCACAGAGACAGGAGAUCACCGCAGCAUACAAAUCAAGCUUUGGACAGGACCUGAUUGAGGAUCUGAAGUACGAGCUGACAGGGAAGUUUGAACGUCUCAUCGUCAGUCUCAUGAGAACCCCAGCCUACCAUGAUGCCAAAGAAAUCAAUGAUGCAGUCAAAGGAACUGGAACGGAUGAAAGAUGCCUUAUUGAAGUCCUGGCAUCUAGAAACAACACACAGAUCCAUGACAUGGUUGCAGCGUACAAGGACUCUUAUGGCAGAGACAUGGAGGAGGAUGUAAUCGCAGACACGUCAGGUCACUUUAAGAAGAUGCUGGUUGUCUUACUUCAGGGGACCAGAGAUGAGUCAGGAGUGGUGGAUGCAGACUUGGUGGAGCAGGAUGCACAAGAUCUGUACGCAGCCGGAGAAGAGCAGUGGGGGACAGACGAGGCUAAAUUCAUCAUGAUCCUGGGAAGCCGCAGUGUGACCCACCUGCGCAUGGUUUUUGAUGAAUUCGAGAAGAUUGCAGAGAUGACCAUAGAGGACAGCAUAAAGCGUGAGUUGUCUGGAGACUUUGAGAGGCUGAUGCUGGCUGUUGUCCACUCCAUAAGGUGCGUUCCCAUGUUCUUUGCCAAGCGCCUUUACAAGUCAAUGAAGGGUCUUGGUACAGCGGACAACACCCUGAUCAGGAUCAUGAUUUCUCGCUCUCAAAUAGACAUGUUGGACAUUCGAGAGUGUUUCCGUUUAGCGUAUGAAAAAUCACUUUAUAACAUGAUUCAGGAUGACACAUCAGGGGAUUACAAGAGGACUCUGCUUAAACUGUGUGGAGGAGAUGAUGACUUAGCUGGAGAGUUCUUCCCUGAAGCUGCUCAGAUAGCCUACAAGAUGUGGGAACAAAGUUCCAUGACCAAAGUCCAGCUAAGGCCAACAAUCCGCCCUGCAUCCAGUUUUGACCCUGCUGCUGAUGCCCAAGCACUGAGGAAAGCUAUGAAGGGAUUCGGAACAGACGAAGAUGCAAUCAUUGACAUUGUCGCACAAAGAAGCAACGCUCAGAGGCAAGAGAUCAGACAGGCCUUCAAAUCUCUACUGGGAAGGGACCUGAUGAAGGACCUGAAGUCUGAGCUGUCAAAGAACCUAGAGAGGCUGAUCAUCGGCCUCAUGCUGACACCUGCAGAGUUUAAUGCCAAAAUGAUGAGGAAGGCAAUGGAGGGGGCUGGGACAGAUGAACACGCUCUGAUUGAGAUCCUGGUCAGCAGGAGCAAUGAGGAAAUUCAUGCCAUGAAUGCUGCUUAUCAGGAUGCCUAUAAGAAGUCUUUGGAGGACGCCAUUCACUCAGAAACAUCAGGCCAUUUCUGCCGCAUCCUCGUUUCUCUCGUGCAGGGUGCACGAGAGGAGGGCCCUGCAGAUAUGGAAAGAGCUAAUGCAGAUGCUCAGGAGCUUGCCGAUGCAUGCAAUGCUGACUCUGAUGACAUGGAGAUGAAGUUCAUGAGUAUUCUGUGCACCAGAAGCUUCCCCCAUCUUAGGAAAGUGUUCCAGGAGUUUGUCCGGUGCAGCAACAAAGACAUUGAACAAAUCAUCAAGAAGGAGAUGUCGGGAGAUGUCAAACAGGCCUUUUACGCAAUCGUUCGCAGUGUAAAGAACCAGCCCUCUUAUUUUGCAGACCGUCUGUACAAAGCCAUGAAGGGUCUUGGUACAGACGACAGAGCGCUGAUCCGCAUCAUGGUGUCCCGUAGCGAGGUCGACCUUUUCAACAUUCGUAAAGAGUUUAAGGAAACUCAUGAUGUUUCCCUCCAUGAAUUCAUCCAGGUAGAAACUAUGAUCGGCGACACCUCAGGAGACUACCGUAAAACCCUGCUGCUGCUCUGUGGAGGGGAAGAUUAAACUUGUCAAGUCCCUGCAGCUCCGUUCACAGGCUUCAAUGAAAAACCACGAGACGAGCCUGAUGACAGAGUGAAAGUGCAGCGGUUAACGUCAGUAUCUGUUGUCACUGUCCCUAAACUGCUGCCACUCCUCAGCCAAACCAAGUGACCUAUGACUUCCCAGCCUUUCAAGCCAGUUUUCUGCUCUCAUGUCUGAUUGUCAUGUCCGCCAGGAUGUCUCUCUCUCUCUCUCUUUUUUUUUUUUUUUUUUAACAUAUAACAUUAAGAUGUUAACAUCAGUGUAGAUAGGUGCUUCACAUGUACAGUUCGAAAUUAACAAGUCAAAUAGUGCCUUAAGUUAGCAGGCCGUCCAAUGAUUACUGUGACUUUAAGGUAUCAUAAACCUUCAAUAAAAUGAUUAAAACACACAAAUAAAA